GCCAAGCAAUGUCCUCCCUUUUCGAGCAAUACGAAGCGGCCUCCACUUCUCGUCCAUCGCGACCUCCUCCAUUAUCAACACGAAGUCGCAUCGAUCCAACCCUAACAGAAGACCCAAUCGUCUCCAGCGGAUUCGUAGACACGAGGAAAGGCGAUGAUACGCCGAUAUUUAAGCGGAGACAGAUAGAUUUUAGACCGAGGCACAUGGUGGGUCAGGUGGUGGUGGGGAAUGGGCAGUUGGUGUUGGCUUAUGCGAAUAAGAAUGUGGUGUUGAGGUUGGAUAUGGAGACGACAAGAGAAGAAGAGCUUGUUGUUGGUAAGAGAGCCGACGAUAUCAUCCACAAGCUCUUCAUUGACCCAACAGGUCGUCACAUUGUUGUGAGUAUGGAAUCGAACGAGAACUACUACGUGAGUCGCGACUCGUCGAAAUUCAAAGUUCUCAGCAAAGCCAGAGGGACGAUGAUUGAGUCAAUAGCUUGGAAUAAGACGCGGAUGGAUGAGGCAUCUACGAGAGAGAUAUUAGUGGGGUCAAGUAAGGGAGUUAUAUUUGAAGCUCAAAUCAAGCCGGAAGAAGGUAGGCUGUUGAGGGAAGCUGAUAUAUUGAAGGAAUGGCGGCAGCUUUCUAUGUUGAAUCGUGAUGAGCCAGAGCCGGUGACUGGACUGCGUUUCGAACAGUUUCCUCACAGUGCAUCAGGAGAAAAGAAAUAUUAUGUCAUGGCAACCACAUACAGUCGUUUAUAUCAAUUUAUUGGCUUCGUGACAACUCAAGAGCCGCCAAUAUUUCAAUGGCUUUUCAGUUACUAUGAAACAGAACCCGUUGGAUUCACGGAAUUGCCGUUGAAUCCCGGUUUUCAGCCAACCGGUGAGCUCUUCUUUGUCUACCCAAAAGGGAAAUUGCUGCCAAAUGCAUUUGCUUGGCUAACAGGUCCUGGUGUCUACUAUGGUUCUCUCGAGUUCAAAAACCAGUCGUACACAGAGUCAGUGGCUUUGAACUGUCGUUUGUUGCCGUAUCAGAAACGUUCAUCGACUGAACAGUCACUGAAGUCUGUUGGCAAAGAAGCUGAUGUUCCUGCAGUUUCGGUUUUGCUGACAGACUUUCAUGUUUUAGUGGCGUACAAUGACAGGCUUCAAGCAGUCUGUAUACUGAAUGACGAACCUGUGCACAACGAGUUCUUUGACACUCGACGUUUUGGUGGAUUGCGUGGUCUCUGUGUUGAUCAAAUGAAAGGCAACAUUCUGGCAUACUCAGACAGGGCCGUGUUUCGUUAUCGUGUGCACAACGAGUCACGUGACGUGUGGAAGAUGUAUUUACAGAAGGGCGAGUAUCAGAGAGCGAAACAGUAUUGUAGAGAGAACGAGGCACACUUGGAUCAAGUGGAGACGGCACACGCACAGCAUUUGUUUGAAGAGAAAAAGUUUGAAGUGUCGGCAGGAUUGUUUGCAAAAACUCAAAAGUCAUUUGAGGAGGUUGCAUUGAUGUUUAUUGGUAUCGAUCAGCAGGAACCACUUAAGACGUAUCUUAUUAAGAAGUUGGAGAAUUUGAAGACGCAGGACAAAACUCAGGUGACAAUGAUAACAUCGUGGCUGAUGGAAAUAUACCUCAAUCAGUUGGGCAACCUAAAAGAUGAAGGCGCACCGAAAGAACGAGAGCACCGCAUGCUGAGAGACGAAUUUCGAGAUUUCCUGAAGAGACCACGAGUGAUGACGUGUUUGGAUGAGAACAAGCAUGUUGCAUAUGAGCUACUCACUAGCCAUGGAGACGUUGAAGAUCUCGUCUUCUUUGCCCAGGAAAUGCAAGAUUAUGAGCGUGUUGUUAAUCACUAUUUGCAGCAGCAGAAUUACGCUGAGGCAUUGGAUGCUUUGACACGUCAGAAAGAUAUCGAAUUGUAUUACAAGUUCAGUCCUGUUCUCAUCCAGCAUGUACCACGAGAGAUUGUUAAUGCGUGGAUUAGUAUGAGGAAUCACCUCGAUCCAAAGAGACUCAUCCCUGCUCUUGUUCAGUAUGAACAAACUGGAGAUGUCGCACCUCAUCAUAACGAAGCUCUUCGUUAUUUGAAAUUUUGUGUUGAUCAACUGGGUAACGAGGACGAAGCCAUCCACAACUACCUUCUGUCUCUCUACGCGAAAGCCGAGGAUGAAAUGGCAUUGCUAGGGUUCAUCAACAGCAGCACACAGGGUGAUUCUGAGCCAAACUUCGAUACAAAGUAUGCUCUUCGUCUUUGUGCUGAACACAAGAAGCGUAAAGCGUGUGUUCACCUCUAUUCUUCUAUGGGUCUGUUUGAGGAAGCCGUACAGCUUGCACUUGAAGAUGACGACGUUGAAUUGGCUCGCAUCAAUGCCAACAAGCCUGACGAAGGAGACGAAACGUUGAGAAAGAAACUGUGGCUGAUGAUUGCAAGGUUUGUGAUUGAGCAGAGUGGAGACGUUGGAAGGGCUAUGGAGUUGUUGAAUGAAUGCGACUUGCUCAAGAUUGAAGACGUACUUCAGUUCUUCUCGGAUUUUGUUACAAUUGAUCACUUUAAAGAUGCCAUCUGCACAUCAUUGCAAGAGUACAACGAACACAUUGAGAGUCUCAAGAGAGAAAUGCAAGAGGCAACUGACAGUGGAGAGAUGAUUAGGCAAGACAUACAAGAGAUGAGAAACAAGUAUCAAGUGGUCGCUGCACAGCAAAAGUGUUCCAUCUGUUCAUUCCCACUCUUGACCCGCGAAUUCUAUGUCUUCCCGUGCUCCCACGUUUUCCACGCUGACUGCCUGGUCGUAGAAAUACGUCCACACCUCUCACAGAGACAAGUAAACCGGAUGACCGACUUACAUAAACAACUAGGAAUAUCGUUUGGCCGUGGUUUCACUGCAUCUGGAAGUGCAAGUGCAAGUGCGGCUGCUAGCGAAGCAAGUGAUGAUCUUGCUGCUCCGACAGUUAGUGAGCAAGCGAGGGCUGAUUUGGAUGACCUCAUUGCCAGCGAGUGUCCCUACUGUGGCGACUUCAUGAUAAGGACCAUCGAUUUGCCAUUCAUUCCACCCGAAGAGUAUGAACAGGCGGUCACCAGUUGGCUUUGAGUUGACACACAGAUUGACUCGUAUUUUAUGAUACAAAACUGUAUCUUGUCUAUUAGGCAUCCACAUUAGGUUUAUACGUCUAGUUUGUUGUAUCAAAGGCAAUCAUUUCUCUUUUGUUGUUGAUUGGCUGUUUACCGACGAAACUUUGUGCGUGCGUCUUAGUUCCAAGUGAAUAUAAACUAUAAC